AUCAUUGUGUCCUCCAGUUGGUCUUUUACAAAGUUGAAGAGCAACUUCUAAUUUACAUAGAAGGUAGAUCAGGUGGUCAGGAGGGACAUCAAGGGAACCAAUGAAAUACAAUUAUUCUACCAACAUAUAAAAGUGACAAUCCAAUAGUUUUACACACAACAUCCAGAAUCGACAUCCAAGAUGCUGCUCUUUCUGCUGUUGGUGACAUCAUGUGCUGCCAUUCCUCAAAAUGUUUCAGAGAAGAUGUUCACCUUCCCGCAAGAAACCAACACAGCACACGUUAGGCUGACAACAUCAAGACAAAAUCUACAGGCUGUGACUGUUUGUUUCAGGUUCUUUACAGACCUCACAAGAGAAUAUGCUCUUUUCUCUUUGGCAGUACCCUCUUUUGACAAUGGCUUGUUGUUUUACAAAAACUUAAAUUCUUUUUCAGUCAGUGUCAAAAACGCAGAGCCAAUUUUUGAAGGACUGGACUUCAAGCUGAACAAAUGGCACUCAGUUUGUGGAACAUGGAGUGCUGCAUCAGGUUUGGUCCAACUGUGGUUGAAUGGAGAGCCUUCAAGCAGGAAGUUAAGCAGUACAUCCAAUAUCAAUGGACCAAUAAUAAUCGCUUUAGGACAGGAACAAGAUUCACACGGUGGUGGUUUUAAUGCCAAACAAUCAUUUGUCGGCAUGAUGUCAGAUCUCCAUAUGUGGGAUUACACACUUUCACCCUACGAGAUCCGGAAAUACAUGAAUGGCCGGGGCUACGCAAAAGGAAAUGUGUUGAACUGGAAUUCACUGGAUUUCCAGAUUAUAGGAAGGGUGCUGAUCGAGAAUAAACAAAUUGCUUUUCAGUAAAUCAUCUUUCUAUGAAUACAGCGCACAAUAAUUGAUAAAUUGUAUGUUAUGAACAAAAAUUACUCUAUUCUUUAUAUUUCAACAUCAUAAAUAUGUUUAAUUCAUUACACUAAUCAUUUUUCCACAUGUUGUCCAAAACUUUUAUACUGUUUUUAAAUUUUAGCCCAGAUUCAGUGCUGAAUAUUAUACAAAAAAAUACUUUUGGAUUAAACUUGUAACUGAAUAUAGUAUAUCAUUAAUUGCUGAUGAUGUAUUUGUGUGAUUUGUUCUACUUUCAAGAGAGGUGUUCAAAAAUCAGAUAAUUUUCAUUAAAAUAAUCCAUAAAAGAGGUAAGAACUUUGAGUUGUCUUUCUGCAAGACAAUAUUAUCCCUGAAACGUAAAAUAAAAAUACUUUAAUGAUAGCUUGGUUUAAUACCUACCGGUUAAGAUACCUUCAACACUAAAAAUAGACAAACAGAAAAAGGUGUCCACACCAGUAUUUGAUAGUAAUACUGUGUUAUAAAAAAAAACUUUAAAAAAUAAUAAGAAUUAUAAUACU